AUGCCCCAAAUCUCCAACCCUUCAACACUUCCAAUCUUCUGCUCACUAACUUAUCAGAGAUUUCUUUUUUGCAGCCUGCAAUCAAAAUGCAUUUCAUCCUCAUCAUCUCCUGUUCCAUCCCAACAGCACAUUGCCCAUUUAAUACUAGACCAAAAGUCAUUCUCCCAAGCCCUUCAAACCUUCAAAUGGGCUUCCAAACUCCCCAAUUUUACCCACUCUCAAUCCACCUACCGUGCAUUGAUCCACAAGCUCUGUGCUUUCCGCCGCUUCGAUAUUGUAAAGGAAUUACUUCAAGAAAUGCCCAACACAAUUGGGUCACCCCCUGAUGAAGACAUUUUCAUCACGAUCGUCCGUGGUCUAGGGCGGGCACGUAUGGUUAAGCGGGUAAUCAAAGUGGUUGACUUGGUUACCCAGUUUGGAAAGAAACCUUCUAUGAGGAUUUUCAAUUCAGUACUUGAUGUUCUUGUUAAGGAAGAUAUUGAUUUGGCUCGAGAGUUUUAUAGGAAGAAGAUGAUGGGGAGCGGUGUUGAAGGUGAUGGAUACACUUUCGGGAUCUUAAUGAAGGGGCUUUGCUUGACUAAUAGGAUUGGUGAUGGUUUCAAACUGUUGCAAGUGAUGAAGUCUAGGGAAAUCAUACCAAAUACUGUGAUUUAUAACACAUUACUUCAUGCACUUUGCAGGAAUGGGAAAGUUGGGAGAGCAAGGAGCUUGAUGAAUGAGAUGGAGGAGCCUAAUGAUGUGACUUUUAAUAUCUUAAUAUCUGCGUAUUGUAAAGAAGAGAAUUUGGUUAAAGCUCUUGUUCUCUUAGAGAAGUGCUUCAAUCUGGGGUUUGUGCCUGAUGUUGUAACAGGGACUAAGGUGCUGGAAGUUCUCUGCAAUGUUGGUCGUGUUACUGAGGCUGUUGACAUUUUGAACAGAUUGGAGAGUAAGGGAAGUGCGGUGGAUGUUGUGGCUUAUAACACUUUGAUAAAGGGUUUUUGUAGAUUAGGGAAAGUGAAAGUUGGGCAUUGCCUUUUGAAGGAGAUGGAGAGGAAGGGCUGCCUUCCAAAUGUGGACACAUACAAUAUAUUGAUCUCUGGUUGUUGUGAGUCUGAAAUGUUGGAUUUGGCUCUUGAUCUGUUUAAUGAGAUGAAAACAGAUGGACUUAAUUGGAAUUUUGUUACAUAUGAUACAUUAAUUAAAGGUUUGUGUUCAGGAGGGAGGAUGGAAGAUGGGUUUAAGAUUUUGGAAAUAAUGGAGGACAGUAAGGAGGGAUCUAGGGGUCGUUUAAGCCCUUAUGAUAGUGUGUUAUAUGGUCUGUAUAAGGAGAAUCAGUUAGAUGAAGCACUCACAUUUCUGACCCAGAUGGGGAAGUUAUUCCCUAGAGCAGUUGAUAGGAGCUUGAGAAUUUUAAGUCUUUGUGAAGAGGGUGCUAUUGAGGAUGCAAAGAAGGUUUUUGGUCAGAUACUUGUAGAAGGGGGAGUUCCAAAUGUUCUUGUUUAUGACCAUUUAAUCCAUGGAUUUUGUGAAGGAGGGUAUAUGCGUGAAGCAUUUGAGCUGAUGAAUGAGAUGGUUGGUCGUGGUUAUUAUCCACUUGCACCAACAUUUGAUGCUCUGAUUAGUGGGUUCUGCAGGCAAGGAAAGGUCAGUAGUGCUUUUAAGCUCAUUGACGACAUGGUUGUGAGGGGUUGCAAACUUGAUAUAGGAAGUUAUAAUCCCUUGGUUGAUGCUCUUUGUAGAAAGGGGGAUUUUCAAAAGGCUUAUGGGCUCUUUUUACAAAUGUUAGAAAAGGAUAUUGCUCCUGAUUUAUCAUCAUGGAACUCAUUGCUUCUUAUUUGGUGUCAAGAAACAUCAUGGUUAGCAAGACAGAACAUGUUCCAAGUAAAUUACCUUUUACAGCAGAUUGCUGAGAUUUGAAUUAAUUUUAGCUAUUGAGAUAUAGAUGAAGUGUAAGACAAAGAAUUUUCAACUUAGUGAAUGUGAGUAAAAGUAAAGGCUGCAUUAGCUUGUUCGUUAUUACCAAUUCUGCAUUACCUAAAUGGGAAAUGAAGGUUUUUUCAUAUAUUCCAAAUUAGAGGUUCAAGAGUUAGAGAUAGUUUGAGGAAGGUGCUUCUUGGGAAUGUAAGUAGAGAUCUUCAGUAUUAUUUGAUGUUUGCACUUUCUUAUUACUAGCUUGCCUUUUAAUUAAUUUACACCUGUUGAAGACCACACAUUCAACCAGAAAUAAUUAGAAGUAAAAAACUCUGAAUAAAGAAAUAUAAAACAUAGACAAGGUUAAAAGAAACACAUAGUAGCAAUCCAGAUCUAUCUUGAAUAUUCAUUAACCGAAAGAGACACUGGACUAAUUUUUUAUAAUUCAGCAUUUUUAAAGAUAUUUCUAUUAUCCUAUCAUAUUAAUUUUGAUUUUGAAAAUUACAAACUAAUAUGAGAGAUCAUAUUUCUUGUGUUGUAAAGGCCCAUUAUCAACAGUAUUCUCUAUCAUAGCAAUCCAGUCCAAAAAAAGGGGCUUUUUAGCUAAUAAGAGAUGAUAUGCUAAUGAAAUUAACUCAUUUUGAAGGUGAAAUCACCAUCACUCUAAAGCAUAUGAUACUGGUUGGCACUUGGCAAUGGAAAUGAAAGAUAGAGUGGUUUUCCAACAAUUGCACAUCAUCUGCUACCAAUUCUUAUCUUCAGGUUGGAGAACUAACUUGGGCCAAUUCAUCUCUUCAAAUUUGAUUGGCCAAGCUGCCAAGGUGAGAGAACCCCGAUAAUUGGACACUUUAUAAGCAAGCGCUCCAACUGUAUAUAAAGACCUAUUUAGUGAAAAUUAAUGUAAGUCAAGGCCUUCAUCCAGCAAAAUGGAAAAAAAAAAAUCAAUGUAAAAAUUUUUAUGGGUUAUGAUUUAUAGAAAGAUUGGACUUCUUGUUCUGGUUUA